CCUCUCAGUCACCACGAGAUCGGCAAACCGAAUGGUCAGACGUGUCGUAUCGUGUCAAUGUACAAAUAGCCGUUUUUUUAUCAAUCUCCAAUAGAAUAUAUAUUUCCCCAAUCUUUAUCCAUCAUUUUGUGUAUGAAAAUCGGUUGAGAUCGGUGAAAAUCGGCGAGUGACGAUCUUCCAAAUACGAAAUAAAUGGACGAGACAUUCGUGUGAUUUCAGUCAAUAACUUUGUGCAGAAAAUCGAUCGAGAUCGGUAAUAAAUCGGCCGGUGAAAAUUGACGGGUAUUCGAUUGAUUGAAUAGGACAUCCAACCGGUGUCAGUAGAUGCUCCUAGUGCUUGAAAUUCCCUCGAGAUCGGUAAUAAUUCGACAGGUGAACAUUAUUCGUUGAAUUUGGAACAUUUUUUAAAUCGCAAACGAUCGUUCGGUGAUUAAAAAUCGGUUGAUAUCGACAAAAAAUAUUGGCGUAAGAUUUUUCGGUGAAAAUAAUUGAUAAUGGGAGCUAAGCGUUUGAUACGUCAUGCCGACGGCGAUUUGCCGAGCCCCACGCGAUUAGAUAUUGAUCAUUGAUGCGUUACCAUAUCUGUUGGUGAAGAAUCGGUAAAUCCUGAGAAUUCGGUGAUUAGACCCUGAAUUUUGAUUGAUCGUCGACGUCUCGGGGUAAAUCAAGUGCGCGAGUGGAUGCUAGAACGUGGUGGUGUCAUUCGGAGAAGACGGCGACACUCCAGACACUGGAAAAAGAGGAAGAGAUGAUCUACGGUCUGCUGGUGGCCGGUGUUAUCGCCCUCGCCACAAUAAGGCGAUCCGGUAGCACAAACGGCUACCCUGACGAGCCUGGCAUUAUUCCUGAGCUCUGGAUUGAGUGGUGUCACAACUGUUCCCCAAUACGGCUUGAAUUUUGCCGAUAUUCAGACAAAUCCGAUGGAACCUUGGGAGCAACCCUGCGGAACUCCUCUAGGGGCAGCCCUAAAAAGGUCACCUCAAAGGCACAGCGUUCAUCGCGCCCUCAAACGAGUGCGAACGCAACUUCGAGUAGCUCAGAAUCAUUUCAGAAAAGAUCUUAAAGACGUUCAUGAUAUUUAUUCCAAGGUUUAUAAAGUACUCAAGGGUCAGUACCACAUGACAUGGCUACCGAAAAAUCAGCUGGAGUGGUACCACAGUGAAUUGUGGUGCAAGGAGAAGAGCAAAAAGGCAGAGCAUGCACUGCCCAGACUUCAUGAUGCACUUCAGAGAUUCGCUAUUACGUUUCAUUCACUCAGGGAAUUUCAAUUGAAGUCUAAUAUCGAUGUGGACCGAACGAUCAAUAGGCGGAAUGAUAUUAUCGUGGGAAUGCAGAACGAAGUGUUGCGGAUGCUCUGCGAAGUUGAAACGGCUAUACUAAAUCUCGGUCUUCAGCUACCUGUGGUUCACAAAUCGAAGAUUGUCACGGAAAGUCCGGAUUGGGCGACCGAGGGCGAUCUUACACUCAUGCUUAUUCAGGACUGGGGUGUCCUUCGACUUUAUCAAGCUUUCUUAAACGACUGGACCCGUGCAUUCCGCAAUGCAACAGCCACCGGACCGGGUACAUGCGAUCCAAACACUGUUAAGCCACUGUCCGCUUACCGGCCGAAGCCCAAAAACCCCAAGAAAAUAAUGCGAAUGAAAAAGAGGCCGAAUCACGAGAGAAAGAAAAAUCCCAAUGGUCAAUUCAGAAAGGAGAACAGCGUCGGGCCCAAUGGUGAACUAAUUCAGGCCCGACGACGUGGCAUGCGGCGACGGCUCAUGAGAAAUCGGCGACGGAAAAUCGGCCAGUGAAUAUUAUUCCGACGGAAUUCAUCGGCCGAUCUUUAUUUUUAUUAAGACGACCUUUUGACGACUCGCGGGGGAAAAUCAUCAGUUAUUUAUUCCAUUUUUCAUGUUCAUCUUGAGGAGUUUCGAUGCUCAAAAUGUAUUUGACGAUUUGAUUUUUUUUAAGAUGUCAGUUAUUACAGGACACGUCGAUCUAAUCCUGAAUUUUCAAAGAACUUAAUAACCAGGGUAUCCACACUAUCCAUGGACUUGAAACCAGUAUUAUAAAAAUGCUAUUUAAGAUUUAAUAAGCAGUAUUACAGGGGAGAUGAUGCAUUCAGUGAAUAAAUAUUCGGACAAUUAUUUCAUUGUAAAAUACUUAACGCAGUGAGUGUUUAACUCUCGUGUGACUUUGCGGGUAAUUCCACGUUCCAUAAACAACUGCUCGGAUGAAAUAGGAAAAUUAUUUAUUUGUUCUAGCUUUAACGCGCGAUACAGACGAGCUUAAAGUUAUUAGCUGUGAUAUUGUCAACGUAAGAUUUUGGAUGAAUGUUUAUAUGAUCUUGAAUUUAUUCGAGAGUCAAUGAAUUUUUCCAAUUUAUCGUUAUUGAUUUAUUGAUUUUUGUGGAAUCUCGGCGGGUCUCGCUAAUAUUUUUCAUUGAAAUUUCAUCGAGUCAGAAAUAUUUGCGUAUUCAUCGACUGAUAAGACAUUCCGUUGACGAAACGCUAUCGAUUAUCCGCGACUAUUUUAACGUCCGGAUAAAAUUCUAUCAUUAAUAUUUCCAUUUUCUACUCGCGAAUGAAAAUAGAAUAAUUUUUCAAUUUAUUGUAAUGUUUUUUUUACGGAUAGUGUAUUUAUUG